GCUCAUUCUUGAAACCUGCGUCAGAGGCCUCGCUAGCUAACCGAGUCACUACGGUAACUUAGUUCAGGGGCUAACCAGGUGCUAGUGAACGUCAAAUACAGUAGGAUCCGUUCCCCGGAUUCUAGGUGACUUAUUGAACCAGCUAAAUACUCCAAAUGAGUUUAGAAACACUCUUCCAACAGAUCCUGCAAACCGAACAGCAGUUAACUGAACAGACGCAAAAAUUCAAAGAAGUCAAAGUGGCCAUCAUCAGAUGCAAUGAGAAAAUCAAGAGCGCCACUGAAAAGUAUGAAAAGACCAAUGAGGAACUUGAUAAAAAGGCUCAGGAGUUGUCUGUGAUGAGGCUGCAGCACGAUCUGAUGAAGAAAUGUGAAGACCAGAUGUUGAAGCAAAUUGAGGAGCUGCUCUGCCAGAACAGCCAUCUCAGGGAACGUCUAGCAAGGAUAAAGAGAGAGUCUAAAGAAGAAGAGGAAAGCUUCCUUCAAGAGAUCUCAAGGUUCAACAGUGACUUCAGUCUUCGAGGGAACAGAGAAACAGUGUUUGAGAGCCAAACACACACUGAGAUCCUGGACCUGCAGAGGGAGGUGGAAUCAUUAUACAAAGAGAUGGAGCUGAUGAGCCGCAGGAGCAGUCACAUGAGCUCCAUACAGGAGGAGAAGAGAGCGCUCCAGCUCGAACUACAGGGCCUGGAUAACUACCGGAAAGACCUGGAUCAGCAGUUGAGUGUGGCUGAAGCAAUGACAGAAUCUCUGAGAGCGGAGAGCCGGUUUGUCAGUCAGAAACCUCUCACUGACAGCACCUGUCUAAGAUUUCAUCUGACAUCACACCUGAUGAAGACCCUGGAGUGGCUGUUCCAUGUCCAUCUCCGCCCCCUGUUGAGCCCACCAGUGGACUCGCUCUCAACCUGGCAUUAGAUUGGAUGAAGCUGUCAUCUACUUACUGCCUAGAUCCCUUUCUCACCUGGAAAAGACUGGGAGCACUGUGAGAAUCAUGUUUUUUGAUUUUUCCUGUGCAUUCAGUACCACGCAGCCCACGCCUCUGAGGGACAAGUUGGAGCGCACAGUAGUGGACUCCCACCUCACAGCUUGGAUCAUGGGCUACCUCACCAACUGACCACAAUACGUGAGGAUACCGGACUGUGAGUCCAACAUUGUUGUCUGUAGCACAGGGGCCCCAGAGGGAACAGUCCUGGGUCCUUUCCUCUUCACCCUCUGCACUGCAGACUUCACUCACGGCUCCACCAACCGCAGCCUUCAAAACUUCUCUGACGACCCCGCAAUCGUUGGCCCCAUCACACAUGGGGACAACGGGUAAUACAGAGAACUCAUCCAGGGCUUUGUGGAUUGGCUCCAGUAGAACAGCCUCCAGAUUAAUGCAGGCAAAACCGAAAAAGCUGGUGGUGGACCUCCACAGCUGCAAAAACUCCACCACACCAGUGAACACCCAGGGGACGGACAUUAAGAUGAUGGAAUUUUACAAGCACCUGGGUGUUCACAUGGAAUAAUAAACUGGACUGGUCAGACAAUACAAACAGACUAUAUAAAAAGGGCCAGAGCAGACUCUAUCUGCUGAGAAGACUCAGAUCUUUUGGAGUGCAGGAGGCACUCACGAGGACUAUUUUUGUCUCUGUGGUGGCAUCAGCAUCUUCUAUCUACCUGUCUAUCGGCAUCUGAACUGCUGACGGGAGGAAACUUAACACACUGGUUAAGAAGGCCAGUUCUGUUCUGGGGUGCCCCCUCAACCCAGUGGAGGUGGUGGGAGAAAGGAGAAUGUUGGCAAAGCUAUCAUCCCUGAUGGAGAACAUGUCCCACACCAUGCAGGACACUCUGACAGCACUGAGCAGCCCCCCUCAGUGGCAGGCUGCAAAACUGUCAAAUCCACUUAUGUGCAAUAUCAGUGUUUAAUUAACUGUGCAAUGUCAGUAUUUUCUACGUACAAUAAUGUGACCUCAACCGUUAUUUUUUCAUUUUUUAUUUUUACUGAUGCUCUGUUUAUUGCCCUGUACUGCUGUAACACUGCACAUUUCCCCACUGUGGGACUUAUAAAGGAUUAUCUUA